CGGAGGGGAGAGAGAGGCAGAGGAGGCAGGCUCGUAUUUAAACCACAGACUCACGUGUCUGCUUCAGUUCAGACCUCUGGACUCAAACCGCUGCCUUCUGUCUGCCGCCGGAGCCCAUCGCUUCACACGCCUGACCUUCUGUCAACUUUUAAUAACUUCAGACCGACUCGGGCUGAACCGCCACAGCUGGAGAGCGACGACGACAUCUGGAGAACAUCUGGAGAACGUCUGGAGAACGUCUGGACUCCUGCAACCACUGCUGUUGAUCUCUGAGGAGCAAAACCUCGACAGAACACCGAGGGGGAAUCCAUCACUGGAGCUUCACAUCGUUCACCGGCUGUAAAGAAUUUCUCUGCUGCUGUUUCAUAAAUCAGGUGGAUUCUGUACCUGCAGAGCGACUUCAUCGGGCUGAAACUUCUUUGUAGAAACCGCCGUCUGAGUUUUGCAGAAAGCUCCCGGCGCUGAUCUGCAGCCGUCAUGGCCGACUGGAGCCUGCUGGGAAACUUCCUGGAGGAGGUUCAGGAACACUCGACUUCUGUUGGCAAAGUGUGGCUGACCAUCCUCUUCAUCUUCCGCAUCCUGGUUCUGGGGACGGCGGCCGAGUCUUCGUGGGGCGACGAGCAGGAAGACUUCAACUGCGACACCGAGCAGCCGGGCUGCGAGAACGUCUGCUACGACCGAGCGUUCCCCAUCGCUCACAUCAGAUACUGGGUGCUCCAGAUCGUGUUCGUGUCGACUCCCAGUCUGAUCUACAUGGGCCACGCCAUGCACACCGUUCGCCAGGAGGAGAAGAGGAGGAGCCGGGAGGAAGAGGAGGGAGAGAGGGAGGAAGAUCCAGGAGGGGGUGAAGGAGGAGGAGGUGGAGGAGGAGAGGAGCGAGGGAGGAAGGGGGAGAAAGAUGGAGGGAAGGAGAAGAGUGAAGGAGCGUCGGCGGGUCGAGUGCGUCUGAGAGGAGCUCUGCUGCAGACCUACGUCCUCAGCAUCCUGAUACGCAGCAUCAUGGAGGUGGUGUUUCUGUCCCUCCAGUACUUCCUCUAUGGGAUCUUCCUCCACCCUCUCUACAUCUGCAAGGCCUGGCCUUGUCCACAUCCCGUCAACUGCUACGUCUCCAGACCGACGGAGAAAAACGUCUUCAUCGUCUUCAUGUUGGCUGUUUCUGCCGUUUCUCUGGUGCUCAGCGUGCUGGAGCUGCACCACCUGGCCUGGAAACACUGCUGCAGGCGGAUCUUCUUUCCCCAGAAGCUCGUCGCUCCAGCUAACGCCUCUUUGACCCGUCAGCUCUCUUUGUCGCCGCCGCCGCCGUCAACGCCUCCUCCGGACUUCAGCCAGUGCGUCGGAGGCUCCUCCCACUUCCUGCCGCUGCCGUUCCCGAGCCACCGCCUCGCCAGCCAGCAGAACUCCGAGAACAUGGCCACCGAGAAGAACAAGAUGGUGGACGAGGCCAACUUCCUGCAGAUGAGCUGCUACUCUAACGGAUGGCAGAAGACCGGCGAUGCUCCGAUGCAAGAUGGCGGCUACCUGAAGACGGACACUUCCUGUUACGGUCCAGAGAGGAGGGACAGUCAGAUCCACAACGGCGGCUCGGACGGACUGAUGCUGAAAGACAAGCGACGGUUCAGUAGAACCAGCGGGACGAGCAGCCGGACCAGAGCAGACGACCUUUCUGUUUAGAGCUUCGACCGCUUACGGCUGCUGAAUAAACGGAUGUCGUUAAAACGGACUCAGCUCAUGGAAGCAGAACCAACACGUUUAGUAUAAUUCCGUCUGUCUGCCUCUGUGACUUGAUUCAUGACAGAAACAACCGGACCUGAAGACUUCAAGUAUGAAACAGAAGCGAGUAAAUUUCACUUAAAUGUCAAAAAAUCCUAAAUUCAAUCCGUGACAGCGUCAUUUCGAAGACGAACGGUCGAAAACAAACAGUUUAGAAAGACUUUAUUGGACAUUCAGGAACUAAAGUAGAGUUUGUUUUUUAUUCUGGAGCAUCGGAAACUUUUCUUGGAUGCUUUCCAGGUUCUUCCACAACACUCAUACAAUUGUUCCUCCGAUCGUGGCACCAAUGAAGGUUGGACACAAGAUUUAAAACUCAACCUGCAGUUUAAAGGCUGAAGGUUCAUUGAUGGUCUGACUGGUCAUCGUUAAAUGAUGUUUAUUGAUGUUGUUGGAUAAUUAAGAUGUUGAAGUGUUGCUCCACAGAUCACAUGUUCCUGUUAUUUAGUGUCUGAAGUUACCAGCUGAGCCGUACGUCUUCAGAGUCUCAGCCGUGAAGGAGUUUCUUUUGAGCCUUUUAAACUUUUACCUGUGGACUGAGUCUAGACUCACUGGCUCAUCUUGGACUGUCGUCGAACAGCGUUGCACUGACACUUGUCUGGUUUUAUCCUCUUCAGGUCUUCCUUGUUGUCAUUUCUGCUGUAUAUCCAGGAGUCCAACCUGUUCUGAGAGCCUAUGUUCAGCUACACCAGAUACAGAUGUUUGUCCAACUGUUCAGACUAAAUCUUCCCACCAGUGUGCUUUUUGAUC